AUGACCGAGGGUUUGAAGCGUAGGAAGAGUCCUGGAUGGGCGUUUUGGCGAUUAUUUAGAAUUAUCAAAAUGGGUGCAGCAUCAGACGGGUUUGGAGGAUGGCGCGCGCGCAUCGCCGCGUGUCGCGAGUCCCGAAAGCUUGUGCUUAUUAUUGUGGCCAUUGCUUUACUGCUGGACAACAUGCUCCUGACCACAGUUGUACCAAUCAUCCCCGAGUUCCUCUACGACAUCCGCCACCCCGACGCUCCGCUGUCCAUGUCUCUGGAGGACAUCACCACCCCUAAACCAUCCCCUACACCAUACUGCCCCUGCUUGAACAAGACUCUCUUCGUCGAAAAUGUUACACAAGUCAACAUAACUGCGCAAAAAGAAGAGCGUCACCUGGAACUGAUACACGAGACAGUCGCCGUUGGGGUGAUGUUUGCGAGCAAAGCCAUUGUGCAGCUACUAGCUAACCCCUUCGUUGGACCUUUGACUCAUAAGAUCGGAUACAGCGUGCCAAUGUUCACUGGUUUCAUCUUGAUGUUCCUCUCCACACUGAUAUUCGCCUUUGGUCGAUCCUACGGCGUGUUAUUUGUGGCGCGGGCUCUUCAAGGUAUUGGAUCGUCGUGUUCCUCCGUAUCCGGAAUGGGGAUGUUGGCGGAGAGAUAUCCGGAUGAUAAGGAGAGAGGUAACGCGAUGGGUAUAGCUCUAGGAGGUCUAGCUUUGGGGGUUCUCAUCGGUCCACCUUUCGGAGGGCUCAUGUACGAGUUUGUUGGAAAAACUGCGCCUUUCCUGAUGCUGUCUGCUUUGGCCCUUGGAGAUGGAUUGCUUCAACUGAUGAUCCUACAACCUGGCGUGGUUCGACAAGAAUCCGAACCCCCAUCGCUUCGAGCUCUCAUCACUGACCCUUACAUUCUCGUGGCAGCUGGUGCAAUAACGUUUGCCAACGUUGGCAUUGCCAUGUUGGAGCCAAGCUUGCCGAUCUGGAUGGCGGACACGAUGGACGCCCGUCGUUGGCAACAAGGAGUGGCAUUCUUGCCUGCUAGCAUCUGUUAUCUUAUUGGCACGAAUCUUUUUGGCCCUCUUGGACAUAAAAUGGGUCGCUGGCUCGCCGCAUGUUCUGGACUUCUUAUUAUCGGUUUUUGCCUCAUUCUGAUCCCCAUGGCACGUAAGCUGGAGCACUUGAUCAUUCCAAAUGCUGGUCUCGGGUUUGCUAUUGGCAUGGUAGACUCUUCAAUGAUGCCAGAGCUUGGCUUCCUCGUGGACAUCCGCCACGCUGCCGUGUAUGGGUCAGUUUAUGCUAUCGGAGAUACUGCCUUCUGUUUGGGAUAUGCUGUUGGUCCAGCCUUCUCAGGAGCUCUCGUGAACAGCAUCGGCUUCGAGUGGAUGCUGGUCAUCAUCGCUGUACUGAACUUUGCAUACGCUCCAUUCUUACUCAUACUACGCUCUCCACCCGCGAGGGAUGAGAAACAGAGCCUAAUCAUCAGCGAGAAGUCAUCAGUUCGUUACGUGAGCUACCAAAACGAGGAAGAGGAA